GCGCACAUCACUUCGUCUCCCUCCACUCCCACAGUCCCACUCCGAUCGAUAAAUGCCAUCACGUCGCCGGCCAGGCGGCCAUCGCCACAAGUCAUAGACGAAUAGAGCUGCACCACAACGACACCUGCCAUGGCGAGAGCAAGGGGAUUGUGGUGUCUCGUGUCACCGAUCCGCGGCAAGCGCUCCGACGUCGACACCCGCCGCAGCAGCGCAGCGUGCAUAUGCUGCAUCGGUCCUCACCACAAGCCAUCCGGUCCCAACGCUGACCUGAGCGUGAGGCUACCUCUCACCAGCUGCUGCGGCAGCGGAGACGUCGGCGGCCGCAGCAGCGCGCGCACGCCGCGCACCCCGAGGACGCCAUGCACGCCCAGGGCAAGGCGCCUCUGCGGCGUCCGCUCUCGCACGCCGCGCCGGAGGCAGGUCUGCAACUUCCCUGCCCCACCAGCGUCUGCGGCUGCAGCUGCUUCGGCGGGAGCGGCCGCCGCUGCCGCUACAAGGACGCCGCGAACCCCUACCACGCCUCUCGUGCGGCCGCAGCGCGCGUGCUGCGUCCGCGUCCCCGCGCAGGGCGACGCGAAGCUGGGCAGGCAGCGCCGUUGGUUCCGCUCCGCGCGCCAGGCGGUGGCGCAGACAACACCGCGCUUUACGGGCGCCCGCGGCGACAACAACGGCGUCAAGGUUUACGAUGCGCGCCUUGCGGAGGUGGAGGAGGCGGCAGCGACGGAGGAUACGUGCUCCAACGACGAGUACGCGCUGCUCUGCAGGGAGGGCUUCUCCCGGGAGGACGUGGCCGCGGUCACCAUCCAGGCGUACUUCAGAGGCCACCUGGCGCGGCGGGCGUUCAAGGCGCUGAGGAGCCUGGUGAGGCUUCAGGCGGUGGCACGGGGCGCGUACGUGCGGCGGCAGGCGGAGGUGGCGAUCCACUGCAUGCAGGCGAUGGUGCGGCUGCAAGUGCGCGUGCGCGCCAGGCAGAUGCUGACCAAGCCCAAGGAGGGGCAGCUCUUGCAGAGCUGAUCGAACUCAUUUGCAAAACACUUCACCUUGGACGAGCCGUGCGCAAAUAUGGUACAAAAUGUUUGGCAUGUGUGUUGUGUAAGACAUUUGCCAUGUCUUUUGUUGUUGAACUUUGCCUGGGUUUGUUUCCCUGUAUUUUGUCUUGGUCCCCCCCCCCCCACACACACACACACCUUCUUUUCUAAUUUUGUUUUUUUUUUUCUAUUACGAGAAUAUGUAACUAUUGCAUCUUGUAACGACCCCUGAGUGAUUGUGGCUGUGCACUAUUCGUUCCCACGUUCUAAAUCACAUGGAGAUCUGUAUAUCAAAAGGGAAACUGAAGAUUGUUCCACACAAAUACUAAUUCAGAAGAAUUUCACACGAC